CUAAAAUAACUCCCCUCCUCACUUUCAAUUUCCCCCAAUUAGAAAACACAAAAUUAACAAUCCUCCAUUCUCUUUCUUACUCACCUUCAAUUCUUUUGCCGGAGUAAGUCCCCUUCAUGGACACUCGCCGGCGAAACACCAUCACCACCAGCAAACCACCACUCCCUUCUUCCAUCACAAAUCUCCAUCAAAUGAAGACCGUCGUUGAUAACAAAGACAUAAGAAAAAGAGGCGGAGGACCAUUACAAGAACAACCACCUAGAUCACCUAAAGCGUCAGAUGCAUUACCUUUACCUCUAUACCUAACGAACGGUGUAUUCUUCACCUUGUUCUUCUCAGUCGCAUACUUCCUUCUACAUCGAUGGCGUGAGAAGAUCCGUUCGUCAACACCUCUUCAUGUCGUUACUUUAUCUGAAAUUGCUGCAAUUGUUUCUCUCAUCGCUUCUUUUAUCUAUCUUUUAGGGUUUUUUGGUAUUGAUUUCGUUCAAUCUGUCUCUACUCGAGAAGACGAGAACGAAAAUGAACAUCAUCAAUUCCUUAUUGAAGAAGAUGAUAGGAAACGUCCAGGGCCGUGUCCUGCUUCUCUUGAUGAUUGUACCACUGCUCCUUCUUUACCACCAUUGAUUACACCUUCAUCCGAAGAAGACGAAGAAGUCAUUAAAUCCGUGGUUUCAGGGAGUUUACCAUCGUAUUCGUUGGAAUCUAAGCUAGGGGAUUGUAAAAGAGCAGCUUCGAUUCGAAGAGAAGCGUUGCAAAGAAUGGCAGGAAGAUCUCUAGAUGGAUUACCGUUGGAAGGAUUUGAUUAUGAAUCAAUUUUAGGGCAAUGUUGUGAAAUGCCAGUUGGAUAUGUUCAGAUACCUGUUGGUAUUGCUGGUCCGUUGUUACUUGAUGGGAGAGAAUAUUCAGUACCAAUGGCUACUACUGAAGGUUGUUUGAUUGCUAGUACAAACCGUGGGUGUAAAGCGAUUUACGUUUCUGGGGGUGCUACUAGUGUUCUGUUACAAGAUGCUAUGACAAGAGCACCUGUUGUUAGGUUUGGAACUGCAAAAAGAGCUUCUGAGCUCAAAUUCUUUAUGGAAGAUCUUAACAAUUUCGAUACCUUGGCUCACGUUUUUAACAAAUCUAGCAGAUUUGGAAGACUCCAAAAAGUUCAGUGUGCUAUUGCUGGCAAGAAUCUAUACAUGAGAUUCAGCUGCAGCACAGGGGAUGCAAUGGGGAUGAACAUGGUUUCUAAAGGUGUUCAGAACGUUUUGGAUUUUCUUCAAGCUGAUUUUCCGGACAUGGAUGUUAUCGGAAUAUCUGGGAACUUUUGUUCCGAUAAGAAACCAGCUGCUGUAAACUGGAUUGAAGGACGUGGUAAGUCGGUUGUCUGCGAGGCAAUUAUCAAGGAUGAAGUAGUGAGGAAUGUGUUGAAGACUACAGUUCCAGCUUUGGUAGAGCUUAACAUGCUCAAAAACUUGACUGGUUCUGCCAUUGCUGGUUCUCUUGGUGGAUUUAACGCUCAUGCCAGCAACAUCGUGUCUGCCGUCUUCAUUGCCACUGGACAGGAUCCAGCCCAGAACAUAGAGAGCUCUCACUGCAUCACCAUGAUGGAAGCUGUUAAUGGUGGAAAAAAUCUUCACGUCUCUGUCACCAUGCCUUCCAUCGAGGUUGGCACAGUUGGUGGUGGAACAGCGCUUUCAUCCCAGUCAGCAUGUCUGAACCUACUUGGGGUAAAGGGUGCACACAAAGAAAAUCCAGGAUCAAAUGCAAGACUGUUGGCUACCAUAGUUGCUGGGUCAGUUCUCGCUGGGGAGCUGUCUCUCAUGUCCGCAAUUUCAGCAGGUCAGCUUGUUAAGAGUCACAUGAAAUAUAACCGUUCUAGCAGAGAUAUUACCAAAGUUGGCUCCUCCUAAAGAUGAACAGAAUACCAAAAAAACGAAGAAAAUUUUCAGAAUAAAGCUGGAAGAAAAGAGAAGAGAGAUGAAAACACCAAGUUGGGGUUGAGAUUGAAGCUAACCGAAAGAAAACCCAUUGACACGAAGGGAGAAAAAGGAAUUGUAUUCCAUUAUUCUUAGACCAUGCCUGUUAUGAUAUUGCUUUGCUCUCUCUCUCUCUCUGUCUCUCCUGCUUGCCGUGCAUGUAAUGCUUGCAGUUAUGUAAGCUUAGUUCUGUUGUUGGUGUUGUUGUUACUUGGGGUUAUUCUUUUUCAUUCUCCCAUUUGGUGCCAAUUGUCAGCUUUGAGGUCUAUGUUGUUUACUCCAAAUUUGUAACCGUUUCUCUUUCUUUUUCUUUUCUUUUCUUUUGUAUUCUUCUGGGGUUUUUUCUUUCUUUAUUUAUUUUUAAUUUAAAUUGUUAUUAUUUAGGCUGUGUAUCUGAAGUUGAAAACAUCGCAAUUGUUCUUAGAAAUUGAUUUGCUGUCUUUUCUUUU